UCACAUCCCAGAGCUCGAGGAAGAAAAGCAAGGAAACAAUGUUCUCCUAACACCCAAGGAAGAAACAGGUACCGCGAUUUAUCAGGCAUGUCUAGAGAAUGACCAGGAUGAUGGAAUUUGCCUUUCUAAAGCUGCCAAUAUCAUUAGGAAACAUGUAUUUUUGCAUAAGAUUGAGGACCCUGCCCAAUUUCUUGCAUCUCAAAAAGCUUCAGUACCCCCAUCUCUUGUCACUUUCAUCAGUAUGCUCAUUAGCGGAACAUGCAUAACUGAUUCAUUACCUACAUCAGCACAUAAGGCUUCACUCACAAUAGCCCAAUUAGUGAAGUUCAAUAUGGUGAAAGGUAAGCGGUCAAAUACCACUAAUGAAAUAGCCCGCCAUAGCAAAGAGCAAGAAACGCCGUUUCCACUUUACCUUGGGUUGAUGAUUCAUUCUAAAACAAGAAAGAAAGGACUCGUUGGCCGCCUCGCAAAAUAUGGAAUGUGCGUCUCCUACGAUCGGGUACAGCAUGUCCAAACCUCAAUUGCAAAGAAAGUUUGCCAGCAAUACCAGCAGCAAGGCAUUGUUUCUCCACCGUGUCUGAAGGAAGGACUAUUCACCACUGCUGCAAUUGAUAACAUCGAUCACAACCCUUCAUCUGUCACAGCAGCCAACUCAUUCCAUGGCACCAGUAUUUCGAUCUUCCAGCACCCCGAUUCAGAGAUUCAGAUGCAUUUACCAGGUUUGCGAGAAAACGAUCAAUCUUCUAAUGUAGAGCUAAAGCUUCCAGAAAGUUACACUUCACUUCCUUCAACCAAAAGUUUUGCAGCCGAAUUUCCUUUGCAGUCAGUGAAUCCUAAUAGUGUCCUCACUAAACAGGCAACGGAUGAAUCUUUAGAAUGGCUUUCAAAUUUAAAGUCACUCAACGAAGGAAACAGCACUUUCGAUAUAAAAAAUCGUUUAUCAUGGUCUGGAUUUCAUGCACACAGAGUCCGCGACACUCCAGUAAGGUCACUUUCAACACUACUUCCAUUACUGAAAGAUUCGGUAAAUUCUUCUGCAAUGGUACGUCAUACGAUGGACAUUAUCAAGAGCAUUUUGCUAGGGUUAAAUUCCAAUCAAGCACCUGUUAUUACUGCUGAUCAACCAGUGUAUGCUUUGGGAAAACAAGUUCAAUGGAUGUACCCAGCAAUUUACGGGGAAGAUAAUUUGCUGAUGAUGCUUGGCACAUUGCAUAUUGAGAUGGCUUUUUUAGAUGCUAUAGGUGACUGGCUAGAAGGAAGUGGCUGGACAGAAAUUUUAGUAAAAGCGCAGAUCAAUUCACCCGGCCGUGCAGAGUCAUUUCUAUCAGGGAGGCAAGUAAAGCGAGCAAGAUACACACAUCAAGUUUCUUGUGCAGGCCUGUAUUUGCUACUCCAAAUGGCCCAUCUUCGAAGUAAUUCCGGUCAUUCAUUAGAAAGCUGGACAUCUAAACGCCUUGAAGAAUCAGUCCAAUUCAAGUAUUGGCACAAAGUAAUAGAAUUGGAGUCAAUUCUGCUUCUUUUGAUUUAUAGUGUUCGAGUAUCGAACUUUGAUAUGUUUGUGAGUGCUCUUGAGCAGAUUGCACCAUGGAUGUUCUCAUUAGACCACACUCAUUACGCACGAUGGCUACCCAUAUUCAUCAAUGAUCUCAAGCAAUUGAAAGAAAAGCAUCCCCGGAUCUAUGAAGAGUUCAAGAAAGGCCAUUUCACAUCAAAGAAGACCAAGAGAAAAUUUUCUAGUAUGCCCGAAGACCAGGCCCAUGAGCAGAAUAAUAAGACUGUAAAGAUUGAUGGUGGAGCAAUAGGCAUUCUAGACAACGCAACUGCAUUGAUCAAGUGGAUGAUUGCAGGUCCUGAGAUUGCAAGGUUACUUGAAUUAUUUGAAGAUGCAACGGAAAAAGAGGAUAAAAACCUCAGCCAUCAUGAAGACACUGAUGCACAUGAAAAGCGCUUUCGUCAAGAUGUCAUUUCAUUCAAAAACAUUUUUGAAGAGCUUGGCAAUCCUUUUGAAGAGAAUGAUAUACUUCUCAAUUCUGUGUCUAGAAACAUAAUGAAUGAAAGGGCUGCUGAAUCAGUCCGGUUAGCCUCAGUUAUUGGAGAGAACCAAUACCAGCAAUAUGUGUCUGAAAGGCUUGUGAGGUGUAAAGUUUCCAUCUAUUCAGCGAUCUCAAGAAACAAGCUCUCCUUGUUCAGGCAGAGAAAUUCAAUCACCAGUUCAAAGUCAAAGCUUCAAGCUAUUUCAUUAAAACAAGAUCGCAAGCUAUUUGCAUCAUUCUAUGUUGCCUGCCAGUCGAGAGAAGGCGAUCUUGGGAAGUUUUUCUCGCAUGAAAAUCAUGCCUAUCCUCCAUCAUUAUCGGAAUACGGCAAGCUAAGGAAAGGGAACAAAGCAGACGUUCUUAAAAUCCUCGAAACAUAUGGCGACGCAAGAUACGAGUGCCCAAAAACUACAGCCACAGUGAUUGAUGGUGCAGCAUUGGUUCAAAUGACUCUGCCAGGGGAUGUUCAAACAUUCGGAGAGUAUUGUUCGAAGAUAUUUGUACCAAAGGUUCUCCAAGAGCUACUAGCGGAUAGUCGCCGACGAGUAGACGUCGUUUUCGAUCGGUACUUGCCAAAAAGUCUCAAAUUUGAAGCAAGGAAACAGAGGGGAGAUGGUAUACGGAUAUCUGUUCGUGAAUCAACACCUAUUUGCAAACACUGGCGUCAGUUUCUUCGAGUUGAUAUGAACAAAGAGGAGCUAUUUACGAUGCUGGCAAGAGAGCUUGGAAAGCAAAAUACAAAUGAAAACACCAUUAUUGCAACAUCUCUUGAAAACGUAAUCUGCAAUAAUUUUUUGGUCAACUUAGCAUCUCUUGCACCAUGCAACCACGAAGAAGCCGAUACCAGGAUUUUUCUUCACACUCUACACGCUGCUAGAUCAGGCCAUCUCAAGAUUUGCAUACGAACAGUUGAUACUGAUGUUGUAGUCAUAGCCCUGUCAAUGUUCGACAAAUUGCAAAUUCAAGAGCUUUGGAUAGAGUUUGGCGCUGGUAUUCACAAACGUUGGCUUCCAGUUCACGAGUAUGCUGUUAACCUUGGAACUCAAGUUUGUGCUGCAAUUCGUUUUUGGUAUGCAUUUACAGGCUGCGACACAGUGUCCUCGUUUGGUGGCCGAGGGAAGAAAAUGGCAUGGGAUACAUGGAAAGCAUAUCCAGAUGCAACAAACGUCUUCUUGAGGUUAUCAGAGUUUGAAAGGCACCAACUGGACGAAGACGAUCUGAAACUGCUUGAACGCUAUGUAGUUCUGCUAUACGACAGAUCAAGCUCGCUACACAGCGUAGACGCGUGUCGAAGAGCACUAUUCACCUCAAAAGGACGCGAUAUCGAAAGUAUUCCACCCACAAGAGAUGCACUGGCUCAACAUUCAAGAAGAGCUAUACUGCAAGGCGGCAUAAUCUGGCGACAGUCACUUCAGAGAUGGCAAGAAAUACCAGAUGUUAAUGACUGGGGAUGGAAGAAAAACGAAAAUGAGAUAUCACCAAAGUGGAUGUUGAAUGCAGAAGCCUCGCAAGCAUGCUAUGAACUUGUUAAAUGCAGCUGUAAGAGGAAUUGCUCUUCAAGAUGCAAAUGCAAACAAUAUAAUCUUGAAUGUACUGAGCUCUGCAAAUGUUUAGGACAAUGCUCGGAUGCCAAUGAAUAAGGACAACAAAUGUAUAUCUUUGUUACCCUUGUGCAUGUUUAAGUUGUUAUUGUCUUAUGCCUGAACGGGAUAUCAAAUAGCCAUUCCAAAAAUUGCUUUUUGAGGCAUUUUAUAUGUGGGAUGGGCAUGUCUCUUCAGCAGUGCAAACUGUCAUUUCUACCAAAUUUCAUGCUGGUAUCACAACUAGCAGCAACAAUAUUAGAGUGAACACUUAUGGGGCUUGGGACCUAGUACAACAGUCUAAAAAUAGCAUUUGGGGGCAUUUCUCAGCUGGGGUCUGCAUCCUAUCUUUUUGAGCAUAUCAAACUGCCCAUUUCUUCUAACUUUCAUGUUUUUAUCACAACUAGCAGCAACAAUAUUAGAGUAAACGCUUUUGGGGCCUGGGACCAAGUACAACAGUCUAAAAAUAGCAUUUGGGGGCAUUUCUCAGCUGGGGUCUGCAUCCUAUCUUUUCGAGCAUAUCAAACUGCCCAUUUCUUCUAACUUUCAUGUUUUUAUCACAACUAGCGGCAGUAUUUUUACAAUUAACGCUUUUGGGACCUGGGACCAAGUACAACAGUCUAAAAAUAGCAUUUGGGGGCAUUUCUCAGCUGGGGUCUGCAUCCUAUCUUUUCGAGCAUAUCAAACUGCCCAUUUCUUCUAACUUUCAUGUUUUUAUCACAACUAGCGGCAGUAUUUUUACAAUUAACGCUUUUGGGGCCUGGGACCAAGUACAACAGUCUAAAAAUAGCAUUUGGGGGCAUUUCUCAGCUGGGGUCUGCAUCUUAUCUUGUUCAGCGCCCAAAACUACCUUUGUGGACGAAGUUUCAUGCUGGUAUGCGAUUUUGCACAACAUUUUGGCUAACA